ACCUGCCCUCCAAACUCCAAUCAGCGCCCACGACACGCCCCCCGGCACGAGCGACAGCCUGCAGUGGGCGUUCCUCUGCGCGCGGCACUGGGGGCGACGUGAGGCGAUCGCAGUUCGUUCGACACAUCUCCAGCUCCAUCUCCGUCCGCGCCCGUCUUUUUAACGUCCACUGACCCGUUCGGCGGACCAAGCAUGGGUUCUGUGGGUCUCGGCUUAGCCGUUGUCUCUCUCUGGCUCAUGGUCGCUGCGGUCACCGCGGGUUCGGACGCGCCGCGCGGAGUCGCGCUCGGGUUCGUCUUCGACCCCAAAGCGAAGUGCGAGCCGCCGUGCGAACACGCGGGAGUCUGCAUCCGCAACAACUCGUGCCUUUGCUCCAGCGGCUACGAAGGAGAGACCUGCCAGUAUGCCACCUGUUAUCCCAAAUGCAAAAAUGGGGGAGUGUGUCUUCGCCCUGGAAAAUGUAGAUGUCCUCCUGGAUUUGGAGGAAAAUACUGCCACAAAGUGACGUGCGAUGGGGGAUGCUGGAACGGAGGGGAAUGCAUCGCUGUUCACGGCGUGGCCGCCUGCAACUGCCCCUCGAGCUGGACGGGUUCAAAGUGCCAGGAGGCCAUCUGUGACCUGGGCUGUGGGAACGGGGGGACCUGCGUGGCUCCAGGGGUCUGCAGAUGUCCGGAGGGGUGGCUGGGGGGCGCCUGCCAGACUGCGGUGUGCAGUCCGCCCUGCCUCAAUGGGGGGAAGUGCACUUCUCCCAACAAAUGCCGCUGUGGCCCCCGUUUCAGCGGCCCUCGCUGCGCCGACAGGAGGAGCGCUCACUAGCGUCCAAGGAGCCGAGGCCCCGGACGCAACGCUGAGGAGGACCGUGCAGUUUGUUCCGCUCAGCAACAUUUUCUACUAUACGUUAUGUUUGUGUUUAGCCAGUGAGUGGGUUGACUAUUUUUAUGAGUGUUUAAACACCUUAUGCACUAUACUGUCAUGUGUGUCGCCAAAUGAAUAAAAAGGUGAACUACAAAAAUACAUCUCAUUUACAAAAAGUA